CGCUGCACUGGCCAGCUUGAGGGGGUGGGGGCAACAGUGCACGGCCUUUCAGUCGGGGGCUCCUCUCCACGUCGUCAGGAUGGGCUGCCCGGGGAGGAAGGCCCUGUCUCUCCUCAUUAUUCUUGUGCUGGUGCAUCUGCACAGGGCUUUGUCGCAGGGAGCCAGCCCUGCAGGGCCAAGGAAGCCAUUUCUCGAGCGGCUCCGCAGGCUGGAAGAGCAGUUCCGGAGGUUCCAAGAGGUGACCUUAACCCACCUGCAAGACCUUGCCAGGAACUACAACCUGUCGUACGAUGUCGAUGCCCGGUUCCAGAGCCUGGCCCGCGAGACCCAGGCCGUGGCCCUGGCUGUGAACCAGUCACACGCUGCCGUGCAGAGUGACCUGAGCCACCUCAGGACCCGGGUGCAGAAGACGCAGCGCAGAAGCCGGAAGGUGGAGUCCAGGCUGCUGGCCCUGGGGGCCGCCCUGAGCGAAAGGCAGCGCACCCAGGACAGGGAGGACCAAGAGGCGCGGAGGGGCGCCCUCUCCAGCCUGGCCCCGGCCGUGAGGGCCCUGCAGGACACGCUGGCUCACCUCACGGCCCUCGUGCAGGGCCAGGAUGCCAGGCUGGGUGCUCUCGAGGCCCGGAUGCAGGGGGCAGGUCCCAGCACCGCGACCCCGGCGCUGACCCCGGCCCAGCCCCUCACCCCACCUGGGCUGCCCAGCCCCAGCUCCCCGGCGGUGCACAGGGGGAGGCAGGUGCUCAGACCUUCACCUGAGACCGGUGACCCGCCUCAGGACUCUGCAGGCCAUCCGCAAGGGACAUGGGCACCCCCUGGCCCUGGCAGCCAGCGGGCGUGGCCCCCCGAGAAACCAGGAGAGACCUGUGACGUGGGCCCCGUGCUGGUCUUCCCCAACGCCUCCACCCAGAACGUCGCUUUCCUCAGCCCCAGCUUCCCGUGGGGCCUGCGAGCCCUGUCCGUCUGCAGCUGGGUGCGCACGGCCUCGGGCCGCCUGGGCACCCUGCUGUCCUACGCCACGGAGGAGAACGACAACAAGCUUGUGCUGCACGGCGGCGGGAACUCCCUGGCCCCGGGAGCCAUCCACUUCGUGAUCGGAGACCCGGCCUUCAGGGAGCUGCCCCUGCAGCCGCUGCUGGACGGCCAGUGGCACCACGUGUGUGUCAUCUGGACGUCCAUCCUGGGCAAGUACUGGCUGCACGUGGACCGCAGGCUCGCGGCCACCGGCUCCCACUUCAGGGCAGGCUAUGAGAUCCCUGCAGGAGGGUCCCUGGUGCUGGGCCAGGAGCAAGACAGUGUGGGCGGUGGCUUUGACAGCUCUGAGGCCUUUGUGGGGAGCCUGGCAGGCCUGGCCAUAUGGGACCGGGCAUUGGUCCCUGGGGAGGUCGCAAAACUGGCCACCGGGAGGGAGGUCCCAGGGGGCGCCAUCCUGACGCUGGACGACGCCCAGUGGAGAGGCGGGUUUGUGAAGCAGGUGAAUUGCAGCUGCCUGGAGCUCUGUCCCUGA